AUGUCUUCAAGUACUCAAUUCAACAUCUCCAACCUCCCUCGCAUAUCGCGAGAAUCUCUGGCUUCUUUGAUCAAGAACAAACAUCCCUCUAUGGCCGUCAUCGACGUCCGAGACUCUGAUUACAUCGGCGGCCAUAUUACUGGUGGCCAAAACAUCCCUUCCAACACGCAUGACUAUAAGAUGCCUGAAUUGGUGAGAACGCUCAAGGAUAAGGAGACUGUGGUGUUUCAUUGCGCGUUGAGUCAGCAGAGGGGGCCGAGUGCUGCGUUGAGGUAUUUGAGGGAGAGGGAGAGGAUGGAAGGAGCAAAGGAGGCAGAGGAAGAGGUUGUGGACGGAAAAGAGGGGAAGGAAGGUGUUAAGGUCAAGGGACAGACUGUCUAUGUGCUUGAUGAUNAUGGAGAAGACAAGGAACUCACGGAAGACUACCAGAAGGAUAUCUGGGAGUUUGGAUACUAG